AUGUCCGAUGUCUUGAAUUUUGCUGCAACAGAAGCGCAAGAUUUCUUGAAUGAGCAAAAGUUUCUUCUCUCUGACGGAGCAUGGGGAACGGAUCUGAAACCAAACAACAUCUUUGUCACAACAAAGAUCAUUUACAAAGCAAAUGAGAAACUGGAGAAUGAUUUUAGAGCCAUCGUCUUUGACCACCAAAAGCGACUUUACCCAGAAGAGCUCUUAGCAAAUUUGAAUCUAAUCAAAACGAAGGACGAACAAGACUUCAUCAAGAUCCUCGAGGCACAAGAAAAUCUCAUCCGACCGAUUGGUUUCGAUAAAACAAUGAAUUGGGUGGUUUGCAAAAAGGAUCCAUUCGAAGAACCACAAGAAAAAGUCUCAAAAGAAGACUGGUCAUUUCAACUCACUGAAAGAGAUCACUUUGGACUUAAAAAGGAACUCCUUGACAAGUUUCACCUCAAAUUUUCAGCGAUUAGAGAACUAUUUGAGGGUAAGUUGUCCAAUUUGCCCAAUAAAACAAAAGAAGAAUUUUUGGCGAAAGUCGACCAAUUCUUAAAUGAUCCAAAAGUUCUACCCACUUUUGACGGCUUUGAGGAAAUUGAACUGAAAAUGGAAGACCUUGAGAAAUUAUCAAUUUUUGAUCUUUUUCAGAAAGCUUAUAAAGCUGACAAUCAAUCCGUUUAUCAGUUCUAUCAUCGAGCCAUUGAUAUUGUGUUAAAUUUCAUGACUCCUUCAAUCGGAUACUCGGAUCUUUUCACAAACUUCUCCCAAAUUUUGGAAUUCCCGAAAAUCCAUCAAGCAUCCCCACUUUUCACCAGAGAUUUCUAUUGGCGCAGUUUUUUCUCAACUCAAUGGAAAGAGCUCUGGAUUUUGUUGAAAGUUGAGAGAAAUGAGAGUCUUUUUGUUAAGGGAAAUUUUACUCAAUUUGCAUGGAUCAAGGGGUACUGGCCUGCAAAGUACAAGACCACAAAAUUCUUUGAGCACAAAAAUGAGAACGAUUCAACGAAAGAAGUGAAUGUGAUGGAGUUGCAUUCGGUGGAACGAUUUGGAUUCGAUUUCAUGGUGGCUCAAAUCAAUAAGAUACAGUUCACAAUGGAACUCUAUUUGCGGGAACAAGGACAAUCAAAAAGGAAUCGAGUCAAGUUGGAACUUGGAGGUGGGGUUGCAGAU